AUGGGGGCACUCUUUCAGCCGAUAAACCAAGUGAAGUUCACAAAUGUUGCAAUAGUGAAGUAUAAGCACAAGGGAAAGAAGUUCGAAAUUGCUUGUUACAAGAACAAGAUAAUCGACUGGAGGAAUGGAAUCGAGCUCAACAUAGACGACGUGCUCCAGUCACACUUAAUUUUUACCAACGUGUCGAAGGGAGAAAUAGCCAAAAAGUCAGAACUGAAUUCUUGCUUCCACUCGGACGACAAUUAUGAAAUAUGCAAAACGAUUUUAGAGAAAGGCACCCUACAAAUAAGCAACAAAGAGAGAUCAAUUAUAAAGGAUAAAAUUUACAAAGACAUGAUCGAAAUUCUGCACGAAAUGAGUGUGAACCCCCAAACGGGUUAUCCCCUCUCAACCAAUAUGAUAGAAAGCAUGGUCAAAAAUAUUGGCUACAGCAUAAACAUAGACGACAGCGCAAAGAAGCAGGCGCUAAAAGUCUUUGACAUGUUAAGUAAGGAAUAUGAUGAUGUCAUUCAAAGGGCAUUCAUGCGAAUCCAAAUAAUUUGUGAUGACUAUAUAAAAGAGGACGUAAUAAAAUUUCUUAAUAGCAAUAAUGUUAUUAUAGAAGAAGAAAAAAUAACCAACAACCUUAAAAGAGAGGAUAAUGUAGAUGCUGAAAGUAGGCACAUGCAUGAUGAAGUGGUCCAUCUACCGAAAAAUGAGGUAGGAGGAAAUGGCACGUGUGGAAUUAUCACAGAGAGAAAGGAAAACGACACAGUCAGCGAUUCCGGGAAGGAAGAAUUUGAAGAAAAGGCGAAAAUAAUGAGCGAUUCACUCGAUGCGGAUAGUGCGGGCAACAACGUCAGGGUGAAAGUUGUAGACGAAGAGGAGGAGAAGUAUAGCCACAAAAACCUUGGCGACAAUAAUGCAAACAAUAGAGAAGACCGUAACAACGAUGCAUGUAGCACCCACCAGAGUAGCGAUAACAAAGAUACCCCUAUAGAGGACACUCCCCCCCCUAAGUCGAAUAAAGGGAGAAACGAGGAUGACGCGGAAGAUGAGACCAGUUACGUAAUUAGCCAAAAUAACAUAAAUGCACAGGAAAAAAGUGAAAGUAUUUCGAAAAAGGAAAUAAAAGAUUUGUUACACAGCACCACCCACGAGGAUGAAAGAAAAAAUAAAACAGGUGAAUUUUGCCCACAGAAAGAUGAAAAGGCAGAAGUAGAUCCUCUUACAGAUGAUAUUAAAGUAAAAACGAAACAAAAAAAGAAUAAACACGAAAAAGAAAGGAAGGAAAAAAAUACGGAAAUGCAUAAAAUUGUAUUUUUAUGCUACCCAUGUGUAUAUAGAUGUGUGGAUGCUUUUACCAAAAAAUAUAAGAAAAGCUGUUCCAGCAAAAUUCUAAAUAAUAACGUUAAGAUAGCCACCUCGAAUAAGAAGAAGAACAACAAUGCGGAAAAUUCAGUGACUGCUACGAAGGUGGAUGCGAAUGACGCAAUGGGGAAGACAUCUAAAGACAAGGAUGACCAUCAAACGGGGGGUGAUAACCUAAACGGUGGUACAUGCAGCAAAGGCAAUCGUAGAAGAGGAAAAGCAAAAGGCAACAGUCGCCGAGAGGAAGAAGUGAAUCAGAAAGCUACAAAUACGGAGAAUGCGGGGGAAAUGUGCAGUACCGAACCCAGCCAAACCAACAAGUGCACUAGCAGGAACGAUAAGGACAAAGUUAUCCAGGACAGAGGAAACUACAACAGCUGCAAUAGCAGCAAAAACGAAGACACUCCAAAUGCCAUACAACAGAAAAGCAAGGAACAGCCAAGUGACAAGCCCAAAAGCGAAAGCGUAAUCAUGUGCACAAGUUGCUUGACGAAAAUUGAAAAAAGCAACUACAAGCUACACUGCAGAAGUGAUUUUCAUGUCUAUAAUGUCAAGAGAAAGUAUAAAAAUCUCCCCCCCAUUACUCUGGAGGAAUACGUCGAAAUAGACUUUGACGUGGCGCAUUUUCAUGUUGAUAUGUGA